UGCCACCUCCGGGUAAACAUCUUGCCCCUCUCACAGCCGUACUAUCUUUGACUUGUAACGUGCUCUACGUGAGCCGCCGCCUCCUCCUUCCUCAUCCUUUCUCCUCUUUUUUCUCCGUGACGGUCCACACGCUCUGUACGGGAAACCGCACACUGAGAUCAUGGCCGUACCUCCGACCUACGCCGACCUGGGGAAGUCCGCCCGGGAUAUUUUCACCAAAGGAUUCGGCUUCGGACUCAUCAAACUGGACUUAAAAACAAAGUCUGAGAAUGGACUGGAAUUCACCAGCACGGGAUCGGCCAACACCGAGACCAGCAAGGUGGCCGGCUCCCUGGAGACCAAGUACAAGUGGGCCGAGCACGGGCUAACCUUCACGGAAAAGUGGAACACCGACAACACCAUCUGUACUGAAUUCACCAUCGAAGACCAGUUGACCAAGGGUCUGAAGCUGACGUUGGACUCCUCCUUCUCACCAAAUACCGGCAAAAAAGGUGGCAAGCUGAAGACCGCCUACAAGUGCGACCACAUCAACCUGGGCUGCGACAUCAACUACGACAUCAAUGGCACGGCCGUGCACGGCGCCGGUGUGCUGGGCUUCGAGGGCUGGCUGGCCGGCUACCAGGUGACCUUCGAGGCCGGUCGCAACCGGAUCACUCAGAGCAACUUUGCCGUUGGCUACAAGACGGACGAGUUCCAGCUGCACACCAACGUAAACGACGGCACAGAGUUCGGCGGCUCCAUCUACCAGAAGGUGAACGAACAGCUGGAGACAGCCGUCAAUCUGGCCUGGACCGCCGGCAACAGUAACACCCGCUUUGGCAUCGCUGCCAAGUACCAGAUUGAUCCUGAUGCAUCGUUCUCAGCCAAGGUGAACAACUCCAGCCUCGUAGGCCUCGGAUACACUCAGACUCUCAAGCCAGGCAUCAAGCUGACGCUGUCCGCCCUCCUCGACGGCAAGAACAUCAACGCCGGCGGCCACAAGCUGGGCCUCGGCCUGGAGUUCCAGGCGUAGGGCCGGCGUGCACCCCUCCUUGAUGUCCACUCCAUUACCCAAAUUAAAUGAAAAUAAAGUUAGCCCUCACGAUCCCCCCCGACCCUUCCCAUUCCUCUACCUCUAGAUGUGCCACAGCUGGACGCAAGCCGAUGGGCGAGCGCCUCUCACAUUUAAAAGAUCACAUUUUAGGGAAUAUUUAAUAUUUUGAAACCAACAAAACCGGGAAAAUAUUAGCCGUGUGUGUCCUCUGUGUAGCUGUGCAGAAAGAAUGAAGUUAAUGACACAAUAAUUACUCAUGAGAACAUGAAGAACACACACCCAUACACACUACAACCCAAUCUGUACAUUCUUUUUUGUCUUGUCUUGUUACAUACCAGACCUGUGUAGCUUAACGCACUCGAUUAAGUCUUAAUAAGACUCGCUCGAUCAUAAUGGACACUUACGGAUGAGAGUUACUGUAUCUUAAUGGGAAGUGGUGGUACUCCGCAGAUUCCUAAUAGUGGUCGUGAUAUUUCCUGAAUAAAUAAAAAAAAACAUCUCAAACCAG